AUGCUCAACCGAUUUCAGAUACAGAAAUGGCCUCGCUGUCCCAGGUUCAGGCGAUGGGUCUCAAACUAUGGCGAACUCUGGACCAACACCUGGCUAUGGGAAACAGCAUCGAUUACCUUCAGUGGCAUCUGUAUUAUCUUAAUCUUCUCCAUACUUCUUAGAUAUGACCAGAAGCCGGUGCCCCAAUUUACUUAUGGGAUCACUCUAAAUGCCAUCAUAUCUACUCUAACGACGUUCUCGAAAUCCUUCCUUCUUGUUGCCGUGACGGGAGCUAUCAGCCAGCUGAAGUGGCGUUGGUUCCAAAGCACAAAGGGGAGGCGUAUCAUUGAUACGCAAUUGUUCGAUGAUGCAAGCCGUGGUCCCUGGGGCUCUCUGGUAUUUCUUGCUACUCCAUCUAGGUGGUCAUUGGCUUCCGCUGGGCCCGUGGUCUCUAUCCUCGCGUUGGCGUUCGAACCAAUUACGCAGCAGCUGACCACUUAUAUCGCACGACAAGUGGUAAUCCCAACUUCCAAAACCGAUAUACCGAUUGAUGCAGUUAACAAACUCCAGGGCCGCUUGGCAGGCGCGGUAUGGGACAGCUCAAGCGAGGCCGAAAGCUUCGUAACCGAACAGUGCUUAACAGGAAAUUGCUCCUGGGACCAUUUUGAAAGUUUGGCAUUUUGUGCACCUUGUCAGGAAAGGGCAGAUGACAUAAAACUGUCAGAUUCAACUCUAUCUUGGAAUAGUUCUGUUGCCCAACUGGUAAUAGAGAACGGGGCUGCGGGCGGUUCCAGUGGGUAUAGCCUACAUAAAAAUAUUUCAUUGCAUCUACCCUUGGAUCUUGCGUUGGGAAACGCCAAGUACGAAUUGAGUGUUGAAACGGAGUUUUUCCUGGACAGAAUCAAACCAGAGCUUUGCGUUGCUCCCAGGCGUAUUUCUUAUCCAGGCCACUUCUUCACUGUGCACCGUACUGGUUACAUGAAAUUUGAAGAAAUGGCUGAGGUUGCUUGGCUAAAUGACGGCGCUCUGGCCAAUUUAUCGGGUUUUACAAGAUGGCAGUCUUACAAAUUACCUAUUCUAAGAUUUCACCACAUCCAAUUCGAAAUUAAGAACCAGCACGAACAAGCGAGAAUUUCGGUGAAAAACGCGAACUCCUGUGAUUUAACACCUUGCAUCAAGAAUUAUUCUUUGUCGAUUUCGAACGGUGUUCCAACGAUGGACGUGGUUAGUGAGCGAUAUGGAUCCUGGUAUUAUAAUAUAACGAGCCAGAAAAGGGAUCCAUAUGAUCCAUAUUAUGUAAACACCGAAAUAUGGUGGACCGACAUACCAGGAAGAAACGGAAUGAUCCUGAAUGCAAGCGAUAUAGAUCCAUAUACAGACAGCUCCCCGGGAGACUUCGCCCUCAGUCUCGAAUGGAACACGAAUCCAUUCUAUAAAGCCUAUGAUCUCGGCCUAUACACCGGCGAACUUACAACGUACGAGACCCUCGCAGCGGACGGACAAAAUUGCAUAUCAAAUAUCACAGGUAUACAUUUUCACAAGAACUACCCACCAGAUUCCGGGCCUUUCUAUUAUGCUGGCGAAGACGUGUUUCUGACGCGAAUAAAGGAAAUGGGAGGGUUGACAUUGGCUUUUCCACGAAUAGCCGCUGCAGCAAGCAGAUAUCUUCGUGACGAAGGCGCAGAUGCGGUAGAGGGAGAAGCUUAUAGGUCUAUUAUCGUAGUGGAGGUGCGGUGGCCAUGGCUGGUCUUACCUGUAACCACCUGGCUAUGCGCGGUCGUGUUUUUGGCACUCACGAUGUGGUUGUGCCGCGGAAGCGAUAAAGUGUUAUGGAAAACAUCAAGCUUGCCUUUGAUCUAUCAUGGGUUCGAAGAUCAAGAUGUGGCGACUGCCAAAUCAACGGACGGCGGGAUUGAGCGUGUUAGCGGAAUGGAGAAGGUUUCACAGAGUCUUUACGCUAGGAUACGGAGGGACUCGAAUGACGGGCAGCUGAAGCUGAUGAGGACGCUCCCAUCCACAUGACUUUAAUGGCACGUGUCUAAUGAUUAUAAUACGCUGGGUGUUUAGGAUACAUAUCGAGUGGAG